AAUAGUUUUUAUGAGCAAGUGUUAAUUCUACCAGAUAUUAAGACACAUAUGUUAUUGAUUGCCUUAUUUAUGUUCACGUAUGCUGCUUUGUGUUGCUAACGUGUUUUGCUCAUAAAAUACCUGUUAUUAACUUAGCCAACUAAUGCGUUAGCUUUCUGGCUAUAUUAAUUUACCAUCUGAACGGGAGAUGGAUUUACAUAUGUCAGAUCAAAUGAAAAACCUUGUUUGGCAACCCAUCAAGAAAUGUAUUUAACCAAGAAAGUGGUGUAGUUGGAAAUGGUGUAUCUAUAUUUUACAUUAAUGGAGCAGUAGUUUGCUUGGUGUCAUUCGUAUAUUAUAUUAUACUAGCUAGCUAUCGCGGCUUGUCACCGGCGUUAAAUUGUUUGUCAGCUAAAGUUAGCUAGCUAAGUUUAUAUUGUAUAUAUAUUUUACAUUCAUCUAGCAGUUGUUCGCUUGGUGUCAUUCGUAUAUUAAUUCAUUGAUAUCUGAGUAGCUAUCGGCUUGUCACAGUCGAAAAUGGUUGUCAGCUAGCUAGCUAGCGAGCUAAGGAAGUUCAUGUCAGAGUGCAUUCUUUCAUCAUGAAUAGAGAGGUAAGCCUGAGCCUGGUUACCUUCGCAAAGUUAUUACCGUCAAGGGUCUUAGAAUAGAAAACAUGAACUGGCGCGCACCCUGAAAUUAUUUUGUGUGGAGGUGCUGACAAACGGCGAAGAAACUAUAAAAAAUAAAGAGAGACGGAAACUCCCAGUAAUUUAUUGGGCUCCGUGUUGUGGUAAAGCAUAUGUUUGUCGCCUGUGCCAUGACGCUGAGGAGGACCAUCAAAUGGACCGCUUCCUGGUCAAAGAAGUGCAGUGCUCAGUCUGCACAACAGUACAACAGGCACAACAGACUUGCGUGGAGUGUAAUGUGACCUUUGGGGAAUAUUACUGUGAUAUUUGUCACCUGUUUGAUAAAGACAAGAAGCAGUAUCACUGUCAGCCCUGUGGAAUUUGCAGGAUCGGACCAAGGGAGAAAUACUUCCACUGUGAGAAGUGCAAUCUCUGUUUAGCCGGAGAUCUAAGAGGAAAUCACAAGUGUGUUGAAAAUGUUUCAAGGCAGAACUGCCCAGUGUGUAUGGAGGAUAUCCACACAUCCAGAAUAGGAGCCCAAAUUCUUCCAUGUGGCCAUCUUCUACAUAAAACAUGCUUUGAUGACAUGGUCCAAACUGGUGCGUAUCGAUGCCCACUCUGUAUGCACUCUGCUUGGAAUAUGGAGCACAACUGGGAGCAGAUGGACAAGGAGAUCACUCAGUCACCCAUGCCCACUGAAUAUCAGGAUGCCACUGUGAAGAUCAUAUGUAAUGACUGCCAAACCCACUGUACGGUGCCUUUCCAUGUUCUGGGAAUGAAGUGCAGUGGCUGUGGGUCCUACAACACAGCACAGAAUGGGGGACUGAUACGGCAGUCCCGGGAACCACAGCCCCAGGAGCCAGAGCAGCAGCCCCAGGAGCCAGAGCAGCAGCCCCAGUCCCCAUUGCCAGAACCAUAGAAUAUGUAUAAUUUUAAUUACAUUGGGACUCCACCCCCUAGUUCUCUAUGCUCCACAUUACUUCCCCAGUCUACGCAGACUUAACUACACUAUCCACCUCUUUCCCAACAUUGCUCUGCCAAGAGUACAGGUAGUCGUGCCUGGGUUCCAGAACCUGGUGCCAGGACCUCAGGGCAAUAAACUUGGAUCCCUCUCCUAGUGUAUUGUACAGCAGUUUUGGGGUUGAAUUUCUGUUAUUACAUGGCUAUUGAUCCAUUUGUUUCUCAGAUAAAAGCCAGCAUAAGAGAAUUGUGAAUGAGGAAUUAAAUAUAGCCACACAAUUUAUUUCCCAUUUUGUCCGAAGUUGGAAUGGAUGUCAUUAAUGCUUUCACCAAAUUAUUUAGAUUUUUGUUGGGGUGAAGAAUGCUGUUAUGUGAGGAGUUUGUAAAGCACUGCAAUGUUUGACUGGCUUUGCGUUUCUAAAAACCUACGUAAAUGCUUCAGACUGACAUUUUUACAAUGUUAAUGGAUUUCAAUGUCUGUUUGCAAAACUCAGGUAUUUGAAAUAGUUUAGAUACGGUUCAACAUCAAAUUGUGUUCAUUCCAUGUUUGAGUGUAAUUUUGAUUAGACAAGUGGAUUAUCAUGAGUAAGACGUAUGUAAAUUAUUGAAUAAUUACUACAGUUAGACAAUGGCUGUUGGCAACUAUCUCACUCCAUGCUUAGCUCAUAUUGUCAGUAUUGUCACUCAAAUAUGAGAGAAAUAGAGUGAAAAUAUUGCAUCUGUAUUGCCUUUGGUGUCAUUCAUUGAUGCAGGUUUUGGGAUGGUGACAUUUACUGUAAAGACUAAUAAAUACCAUUGAUUGUU